GAUGGAGAGGGUCAACCUGGCUCAGAGCUACACCUACUCUGAGAUGGGGGAUAACUGGGAAAAAUGGAGAUCACAGAAGCAGACCAACCAAGUUUCGCCCAGGGUGCUGCUUGACAGUUGACGGUCCCUUGGGGCUUCUAUAGACUCCCGUCCUGCCUCUUCAAACAUCCCUAAGUCUAAUAGUUGCCCCACCAACUCUGGUAACCAAUCCCCAACCCCAUCCAACUAUGGAAGCCCCAGUCCAUUGCUGCUUAUGUGUGUGAACUGCUUCGCAAAGGCGAUUGGGCAAAUGUAUAAAUCCUUAACAGCAAACAGUUACGAUGAUUUCAAGACCUGGCCAGUGGACUUUCGCUGGGAUGAAGUAAAAUCCCAGAGCCGCAGCCUCCCAGCUCUGGGCGGCGCUGGGGCUGCUACGGGGAUAUUGCGGAAACUGUCUAUUACUUCUACUUCGACAGACAGCCAAGAUGACCCGGAUUCCAAUUUCCUGGACCAUAUUCGGGACCUGCCCCGCCAGCUGGCCAGUUAUGUAUUGGCACACUCAUUAGGCCGCUGGCUGGUCUAUCCCGGGUCGCUGGUCAUCGCGACCAAAGCGCUGCUGCCGGGGCUGCUCAGGGGCCAGGCUCUCCUCCAGGAUAGGUACAAAGGACAGCGGGCCAAGCUUUUGGCUUGUGAUGGCAACGAAAUUGAUACCAUGCUCGUAGACCGACGGAAAUGUCCCGGGCCCCAGAACCGGGGCUUGCGCCUAGUCAUCUGCUGCGAGGGCAACGCCGGCUUCUAUGAAACAGGCUGUCUUUCGGCGCCGCUGGAGGCUGGCUACUCCGUCCUGGGCUGGAACCAUCCAGGUUUCGCUGGGAGCAGCGGUGUUCCCUCGCCACAGAACGACGCCAAUGCCAUGGACGUGGUAGUUAAGUACGCUCUGUACCGCCUGCGCUUUUCACCUGAGCAGAUUGUGAUCUACGGCUGGUCCCUUGGCACAUUCACGGCCACGUGGGCCACCAUGACGUACCCCCAGCUGGGUGCGCUCAUCCUAGACGCACCCUUUGACGACCUUAUGCCACUGGCGUUGGCGCUGAAGUUAGUUCCUGCCUUCUGCAAGGGACUGGUAGAACGCACAGUGCGGGAAUAUUUCCACCUCAACGUGGCAGACCAGCUCUUUUGCUAUCCAGGACCUGUGCUGCUUAUCCGCCGCACAAUGGAUGAAGUGGUCAACUCGGAAGCCCUUCCCAAGGAGGAGGAGAACAAAGGUCAGGACCUCCGCCCUGCCGAUUUGGAGGGAAACAGAGGCAACUACCUGCUACUGAAGUUGCUAGAACACAGAUACCCCAAACUGAUGACUGAUGAGAGCAUGGAGGCUGUGAGACAGUGGCUACACGCAUCGAAUUCGGCCCAAGAAGCUGCCAUAAACCAACAGUACUGUGUGGAUGCCAGAUGGUGUUUGACUGUGCUGCACAACUAUAGGAUUAACAGCAUUAAGUACAGAAAGAAAAUAAAGUGGAAAGACCAAACUACCACACACGCCUCAAACCUCCACGGCCCAGACUUCCCCUGGGAUGUGGGUGCUGACUUGUCCCCUGGCCAGCAGAAAAGACUUGCAAUAUUCCUGGCUCAGAAAUACCUGAAGAACGUUGAGGCCCCUCACAGCGGCCCCCUUUCUGCUGAGGCCUUUCAGUUGCCAUGGACAUUGUAAAGCUGGAUUGGGCCAGAGGAAAGAUGGAGCUGAAAGGGAGGCAUUGAGGGACUGAGCUUUCAUCUCCACUGCAACUGUCCUGCUCUAAGACUCCAGUCCUACCCUGCCCUGCUUCAUCCUGCCCCUCUGCUGGGUCCCCAGUAAAACUGCCUCUCAAGGUGUGAGGUCCCAAA